AUGUCUGGUUUCGGCUUCAGUGGCUAUGAUGAGAAUGGAAAAGCAAAAUGGGAACUCUGCACGAAUGUACGACCGUAUCAAGUUGAAGUAAGUAGUGCAUCCCGUCUAUUCAUGGCAGUGGAUACCGAGGAAAUUGUUUUUGGCUACGCUGCCUUCAUCUGUCUCAUUUGUCGUCCUAGAAGGGCAUGCGGGCUGUUGCCAUCCCGAGAGAGUAACGGAGAGAUGGCGCAGAGCUUCAAGGAAACACUGGAUGGCUGGAAUAUCCAGACAGGCGGAUGGCUUCGGCGAGUUGCCUAUGACAGGACGCCAAAAAAGAUCCGCACAUUUGCCACGUAUACACUGUCAGCGGCAUGGCAUGGAAUCUCAGUCGGAUACUACAUGACAUUUUUCACAGGCGCUUUAUUCACUUUAGCCGGUGCUACGUUCCGUCGAUGUAUGCGGCAUCGCUUCUUGGAUUGCCCAAGGAAGAAAAUGGCAUAUGAUAUUUUAACUUUUAUGGCAACGAAAAUCGCUUUGGCAUACGCAACGUAUCCUUUCGUCACAAUGAAUCUAAAUCCAGCUUUUAUGCUGUACAAGUAA